UCAGCGAAAAAAAUCUUGCAUGUGCGAUCGACCAAUCUUGUAGCAGCAGUGCAACACUGCAAGUGCGAAUGAAAUUUGUCAAAAUGAGUGAUACACCAUCUUACCGUAAUCUAACAAAUUAUGAAUAUGGGAGACCGAAAGAGUACCAGAACAAGCUCCUAGAAGAUGCAGUGCGCCCUCAUAUAGAAUCCUUCAAUUACAUGCUUGACGAUGGAUUAGCACAGGCAGUGAGGAACAUCAACCCAGUGGAGUUCCUAUUGGAUGAUGAAAGAAUUUCACUUUCAUAUGAGGAUGCAUUCAUUGGUGUACCAACCAUUGCCAGAGGAAACUUGUUUGCUUCUACUCUUAAAGUCUACCCAUCAGAGUGUCGACAGCGUGGGACAACGUACCAGGCCCCUCUUCAAGCAAGGGUGCUCUGGCAACGUAGCAAUGGAGACAGUGGGAGCGUCAUGCGUCCUCUGGGCCAGAUACCCAUCCUUGUAAAAUGUAAGAAUUGCAAUCUUCAUAACCUACCUCCCAGUGAGCUUGUAAAAAGGAAAGAAGAGGGCUCUGAAAUGGGAGGUUAUUUCAUCGCUAACGGCAUCGAGAAGGUCAUCAGAAUGCUCGUCAUGCCAAGAAGAAAUUUUCCACUGGCCAUCAACCGUCCAAAAUGGAAGAGCAGAGGAAAAGGUUUCACAGAGUUUGGUGUCCAGAUGAGAUGUGUCCGUAAUGACCAGUCGAUAGUUACAAUUACCCUUCAUUACCUGACCACAGGGAGCAUCGUAGUGAGCUUUGCGUACAACAAGGAAAUCUUCUUCCUCCCAUUACUACUAGUUGUCAGGGCUCUUGUAGACAUCUCUGACCAGCAUAUAUAUGAUGAGCUUGUCAAAGGAAAAGAAAAUGACACAUUCUUAGUAGGUUGCGUGACAGGUAUGUUGCGACAAACGCACACCCAGAACCUGUCCAGCCAGGAGCAAGCUUUGGAGUACAUCGGAGAGCGAUUCCGCAUCAAGUUGUCCGUUCCUCCCUGGUACACCAACGCCCAGACGGCCAAGUUCCUCCUUCAGCAGUGUAUCUGCGUUCAUCUGGAUUCUAAUCAGGAUAAAUUCCAUACACUCACAUUCAUGGCUAGGAAGUUAUUUGCCUUCACCCAGGGAGAGUGCACAGCAGAGAAUGCAGACAGUCCGAUGAACCAGGAAGUACUUCUAGCAGGUCACCUCUACCUCAUGGUUCUCAAGGAGAAACUAGAAGGCUGGUUAGUUAGUCUACGCUAUGCCAUUGAGAAACAGGCCAAGAAGUCGAGGAGAUUCGUUCUGAAUGAUGUAUCACUGAACAAUGCUGCAUCAUCAGGGCCUGGUGAUCUGACAAGAAAAAUGGAAUACCUAAUAGCAACAGGAAACUUGGCUUCUAAGACGGGCCUUGGCUUAAUGCAGACGUCGGGUAUGACAGUCGUUGCGGAUAAACUCAAUUUCAUGAGAUUCCUGUCUCAUUUCCGUUGUAUUCAUCGAGGUUCAUUCUUUGCUGAGAUGAGGACCACUUCAGUCAGAAAGCUUCUCCCUGAGGCUUGGGGUUUCCUAUGCCCUGUUCAUACUCCUGAUGGUGCACCUUGCGGUCUAAUGAAUCAUCUCACUGCACUGUGUCAGGUGGUCAACACCCAACCCCUUACCCUCCCCCUCGUCAAGACCCUCUACGCCCUGGGCAUGACCCCCCUCGACGCACCCCUAUCACACCCCGUCUCCAGCUGCUAUGAAGUCAUCCUAGAUGGGAGGGUCCUGGGCUACGUACCCCAGGACAUCGCCACACAGCUCACAUCAAGGCUCAAGAUUCUAAAGGUCAAAGGUCAGAGUGGAGUUUGCCAGACUACAGAGAUUGUCCUGGUCCCUGUGAGCGGUAAGGGAGGUCAGUAUCCAGGCCUGUACAUCUUCACCACACCUUCAAGGCUCUACCGACCUGUCAGGAAUCUUGCGUUACAGGAGACAGAGUACAUUGGUACGUUUGAACAGGUGUACAUGGACAUCGCAGUCAGUCCAGCUGAAAUUCACCAAAAGACCACACAUUUAGAGGUGAAUGAGACGAGUAUACUGAGUGUUUCAGCGAGCCUUACGCCGUUCUCCGAUUUCAACCAAAGCCCUAGAAAUAUGUACCAAUGUCAGAUGGGUAAACAAACGAUGGGUUUCCCGUCCCACACGCUACCAUUCCGUAUUGAUCAUAAGAUGUACAAGCUGCAGACGCCUCAGACACCGAUGGUCCGACCACACUCUUACGACAAGUAUGACUUUGAUGAUUACCCACUCGGAACCAAUGCUGUAGUCGCUGUCAUCUCAUAUACAGGGUAUGAUAUGGAAGAUGCCAUGAUCAUAAACAAGUCUUCACUGGAAAGAGGGUUUGGCCAUGCUAGCAUCUAUAAAACAGAAGAGAUUAAUCUUAGAAAUAAGCUUGGAGAAUCAAGGCACGGAAGAGUGGCUGCUGUGUUUGGUUGUGAUAUAACUGACCCUCGAAUCAAAGGAUGUAUAGACAAAGAUGGCUUUCCCCCAAUCGGUACAGUACUACAUGAAGGAGACCCAUACUAUGCAUACACCAGGCUCGAUUCAGGCCAGACCAAGGUCGAGAAGUACAAAGGGUCGGAGGUUGCGGUGGUAGAUAAUGUCAAGGUCACAGGGAAUGACCUUGGUAACCAAGUCUGUCAGAGAGCUUUCAUACAACUUAGAAUACAGAGGAAUCCAAUCAUUGGAGACAAGUUUUCUAGUCGUCAUGGUCAGAAGGGUGUAUGUAGUCAGCGAUGGCCGACGGAAGAUAUGCCUUUCACGGAGAGCGGGAUGACACCUGAUAUCUUAUUCAACCCUCAUGGGUUCCCUUCUCGUAUGACGAUCGGUAUGAUGAUAGAGAGUAUGGCAGGCAAGUCAGCAUCCCUUCACGGUCUGUGUCAUGAUGCAACGCCCUUCACAUUCUCAGAGGAACAACCUGCCGUGGAUUACUUUGGCAAGCUUCUGACGGCAGGGGGGUAUAACUACUAUGGAACAGAGAGAAUGUAUAGCGGGACAUCAGGGGUGGAGCUUGAAGCUGAUAUAUUCAUAGGCGUGGUCUACUAUCAGAGGCUAAGGCAUAUGGUAUCUGAUAAAUUCCAGGUGAGGUCGACCGGACCGGUGGAUAUCUUAACACACCAACCAGUGAAAGGAAGGAAGAGGGCUGGAGGUAUACGCUUUGGUGAGAUGGAGAGGGACUCACUUCUAGCCCAUGGAACAUCCUUCCUUCUUCAGGAUAGGCUGCUCAACUGCUCUGAUAAAAGCUUGACGAGGAUAUGCACCAAGUGCGGGACACUCCUUGGCAUCCACCUGGAGAAGCUUAGUGACCGGUCAUCGGACGGAAAGAUGGACCUCCAAGACAUGCUGUCCAGUGCCCAGAGGAAGUGGGUCUGUGCGUCGUGUGAUACCUCAGACGGCAUUGAGACCAUCACCGUGCCUUAUGUCUUCCAAUACCUGGUGGCUGAACUCAGCGCCAUGAAUAUCAAGGCAACACUGGAAGUGAAAUGAGCAUGACGGACAUUGCCAAUUUGAACGAUGGUCAGCACACAUGAUUUGCUCAUUCAUGUUCAAACUGUGGUGCUGAAGGAGGCGGAGUUUAUGCUCCUUAUUCAAACACUCUCAAGCUAAAGUGAGUGCAAGUGAUGUUGUUAAGUUGAGUCUUUUAUGACAUGACAGAAAUCACAGAUUUCCCUAUAGGGAGUAACAUUGCAAGAAAGGAUUGCAAAUUUGAAUCUGUCUUUUCCAAAUUUAGCAAUAUUACCCUGUUGAUAUUCUGAAGUUCCCCUAACACCCAGAUUUGGUUGUUGUUGCAACAGGUUACUGCAAGUUACGUUGGCGGUAUGAUUGUCUAGAGCUCUUCUAAUACAGCUGUGUUUGCAUGUUUUGAAUAUGACCUUUGGUGAGCAAAGAACCCAAGGGAUCAACGUUAGAAAAUGACCUUGCUGAUGUUUUCAUUAUGAAUGUAUCUGCUGGGAGCCUCGUCAGUUAUCCCUAUUGCUUUCUUUGUUGUUCUUUCUGUGUGCAUUCUUUUCACCCUGAAGAGUGUUUCAUGAAAGGACUUGUCAGACAUGUUAUACGAAAAGUCCAGUGUUAUCCGACAUUUACCAUUGUAACGUUGCAUCUCAGCCAAACGAAAUCAAGGAUAGCUGUCACAUCAGACAACUUGUCAGGCUAAAGUGUUGGGGAAAUUCUCCCCUAAAUGUCCUCUUCUAUUUUCAAAUUAGCCUUUGGUGCCACCGUGCUGUUGAAGAUAUAAAGGAACAUAUAGUGUGCAGUUUGGAGUGAAAAGAAAGUACACAGAAGAAUGACAAAAAACAUAAUGGGGGACUAUGUACAGUACCAGUCACAAUUCUUUGACUACCUGUUUACCUGUUACAACCAGAGAACUAUAGAUUCAGUGGACCAAAUCUAUUUCUAUUUGGUUAAAACAGGUAAUCAAAGAAUUGUGACUGGUCGUGUACAAGGUCCCUUCUUCCAUCAUUACAUGUAUGUGAUAUAAUGCAGUAAACUAAAUGUCUGGUGAAUCUUUUUGCACGAGUCCUGUUUUAAAGGCACUAUGUGUCUUUCAUAGUGGCUUUCCUGCAUUCAAAGACCAAUUCUUACACUUCUUUCACAGUCAACUAUGGCCGUAUUCUGAAGUCAGGUUUAACUUAAACUCAGGUUUUAAGUUGUGGCUUAAAUAUGGAUAGCUAAUUGUUACA